AUGUCGACGAUUUACGUGCUAGAGCCACCGACGAAGGGAAAGGUCGUCGUGAAUACAACUCAUGGCCCAAUCGACAUCGAGCUGUGGCCGAAAGAAGCUCCCAAAUCCGUACGGAACUUCGUUCAGCUAUGCCUCGAGGGUUACUUCGACGACACCAUCUUCCACCGUGUAAUCCCCGGAUUUCUCGUCCAAGGCGGCGAUCCCACCGGCACCGGAACCGGUGGAGAAAGUAUUUACGGAGGUGUCUUCGCCGAUGAAUUCCACUCGAGACUGAGAUUUAACCACCGAGGGAUUGUAGCCAUGGCUAAUGAGAGCUCACCGAAUUCGAAUGGCAGUCAGUUCUUUUUCACUUUGGAUAAGUGUGAUUGGCUUGAUAAGAAGCACACUAUCUUCGGAAAGGUAACGGGUGAUUCAAUCUUCAAUGUUCUAAGACUAGGAGAGGUUGAUACGGCUAAGGACGAUCGUCCCCUCGAUCCUGCCCCCAGAAUAUUAUCUGUUGAGGUUUUGUGGAACCCUUUUGAAGAUAUUGUUCCUAGAGUGUUAGCAAAGACGUCACAUGAACCUGUUGCUGAAGUCAAAGAACUCCAAAAGAAGCCUGUGAAGAAAUUGAAUUUACUGUCAUUCGGAGAAGAAGCUGAGGAGGAGGAGAAGGAACUAGCUGUUGUAAAGCAAAAGAUUAAGAGCAGUCAUGAUGUGUUGAACGAUCCUCGACUUCUGAAGGCAGAAGCUUUAGAUAAAGAACGGAAUGCAUCUGACUCGAAGGAGGUGCUGUCUGUGCGGGAAGCUCUGGGUUCUAAGAAAGAAGCCGCUCAAAAGGAUAAAAGCUGGUCUGUAUCUGAUUCAGCUGGACGUAGCGAUGAUGACGAUGAUGAUGAAGACGACGAGAGAAAAUUUGAUGCGAAGAUGAGGAAUCAGGUGCUUAACAGAAGGAAAGAGAUGGGAGAUGCGCCUUCAAAACCAACUCAGAAAAAGAAGAGGGAGAGCUCUAAUGUGAAAGGCCCUGAAGAAUCAAUUCAAAGGUCUGAUGCUGCAAGUAGUGAAGACGAGAAACCAAGGAUGAAAAAGUUAUCAUUGAAGAAAAAGGGUAUUGGUUCAGAAGCCAAAGCCCAACGGUUGGAGAAAGGUGACACUGAUUUAGAGCUUUACAACGCUUCUGAACGUGCCCGGCAGUUACAUAAGUUGAAAAAACGCAGACUGCGAGGAAACGAGGAUGCUGUGUUGGCAAAACUCGAGAAAUUUAAGCAGUCCAUUUCUGCAAAACCGUUUACCUCGAGUAGUGAACCAGGAGACAACGAAGAAGAAGAAGAUGUUUCUGACUGGAAGAAAGUAAAGCUCAAGUUUGCACCCGGGAGUGGCAAGGACAAAAGGCGCAAAGAUGAUCCAGAUGCGUAUGUUGUGGUCGACCCUCUUCUUGAAAAGGGAAAAGAGAAGUUCAACAGAAUGCAAGCCAAACAAAAACGAAGGGAACGAGAAUGGUCAGGAAAUUCGCUUGCUUGA